UAAGCGUCUAAAUUCUUUAUUAGGAUUACUUUAACAUCUCACCUAAGGCGCAUGCUCACUCCUUUACUUUAGGUGGCGCUGUUAACAACGUGAUUCAUAUGUCUGUCCACGUGUGAGAAAAUUAUACCCGGGUAUUUUGGAGCUCAUUGCUUCAACCACGCAACUAUUAACCCCCCAAAUGGAGUUUUCAGAGGAGAAUGUGAGAAUCCCGUUCGAGCAGAAAGAGCUGGAUGGUGUGUUCACGGUCCCUGCUGACGUCACCGAGGAACGCACAGCUAUGGUGUUGACGCACGGCGCGGGGGGAGACAUGCACAGCAAACAGCUGGAAAGUCUCGCGCACGCUCUCGCUCGUUCUGGUGUUCUGUGCCUGCGAUUCACCUGCAGGGCGGUGAACUUUCCGUAUAGAGUCAGAGCUUAUAGAGCCGUUGUGGAUUACUUAAGAAGCCAUGAGAGAUUUGCAUCAGACAGCAUUUUCUUGGGAGGGCGCUCUAUGGGUGCUCGUACAGCUGUUGCUGUGUGUGAACGUAUGUGUAGACAGAAGGAUGUAGUCCAGGGUGUUCUGUGUUUGUCAUUCCCACUGACUCUACCAGGAAAACCACUAACAUAUGUUGAGCGGAGCCGAGACCUCUGUGAGCUCUCACAAACUUCUGUGAUGUUUGUUUCUGGCACUGCAGAUAACAUGUGUGAACAGACUUCUACAAAAUAUCAUGCAUGUCAUGAAUAGCCCUUCUGCCGUUCACUGGGUCAAGGAUGCAAACCAUGGACUCAAAGUACGUGGCAGAACAGAAGAAUCAGUACUGGAGGAAGUCAAUCCACAGAUUAUUGCAUGGGUACUACAAAACAAAUGAAUGUAUGUUUAUAAAUAGGUAAAUAUGAUGAUUACUGUUGGAUGAAAGAUGGUGAGAUGCUGAGCCUGACCCGAAUCAUCUGUACCUCAUUGUUAACUGCAUUACAGAUCAUUUUUAUGUUAAUAAUAAAGAUCAUAAUAUUUUUAAAAUAAAA